GAUAAGCAUAGGAAAGAGAUGGCAAAUAAAGAGCAGCAGAGCAAUGGAAGCGGAGAGACGAAACAUUUCAGGAUCCCGGAGAUUAAGUUCACCAAGCUCUUCAUCAAUGGAGAAUUCGUCGACGCCAUCAAAGGACGAACCUUCGACACAGUGGACCCAAGGACGGGAGAGGUUACAGCAAUAAUUGCCGAAGGCGAUAUGGAAGAUGUCGACGUGGCGGUGCAGGCGGCUCGCACGGCAUUCGAUCACGGGCAAUGGCCCAGGAUGUCGGGCUUUCAAAGGGGAAAGAUCAUGCACAAAUUUGCGGACUUAAUCGAGCAAAACACCGAGGAACUGGCAGCCCUGGACUGCAUUGAUGCCGGGAAACUAUUCAUGAGAGGCAAGUUAGCAGACAUACCUGGAGGAGCAAGGCUUCUACGGUAUUACGCGGGUGCGGCGGACAAGAUCCAUGGGGAGGUCCUCAAGUCCACACGAUCACUCCAUGCAUACACCCUAAGGGAGCCGAUCGGGGUGGUGGGCCACAUCAUCCCAUGGAACUUUCCAACAUCCAUGUUCUUCAUGAAGGUUGCACCAGCCUUGGCCGCAGGUUGCACCAUGAUCGUCAAGCCCGCCGAGCAGACCCCUCUAUCUGCCCUCUUUUAUGCUCAUCUUGCUAAGCAGGCUGGUGUUCCGGAUGGAGUGCUCAACGUUGUAACAGGCUUUGGAAAUACAGCCGGUGCCGCUAUCAGCAAACAUAUGGACAUCGACAUGGUAAGUUUUACGGGGUCCACGGAGGUAGGGAGGCUAAUAAUGCAAGCAGCCGCACUCAGCAACUUGAAGACAGUCUCCCUUGAAUUGGGGGGCAAGUCUCCUCUUAUUAUCUUUGACGAUGCUGACGUGGACAAAGCUGCUGAGCUUGCUCUAAACGGUGUCGUUUAUAACAAGGGUGAAGUAUGUGUAUCGAGCUCUCGAGUUUACGUCCAAGAUGGGAUCUACGAUGAAUUUGAGAAGAAGUUGGUUGAGAAGGCGAAAGCUUGGAAACUGGGCGAUCCUUUUGAUCCGAGUACUCUUCAGGGACCACAGGUCGAUAAGAGGCAGUUUGAAAAGAUACUUUCUUACAUCGAUAUUGGAAUGAAAGAAGGAGCCACCUUGUUGACUGGGGGUAAGCCUUGGGGAUCCAAGGGAUACUAUGUUGAGCCUACAGUUUUCGUGGACGUUAAGGAGGAUAUGCAAAUUGUAAGGGAUGAAAUCUUCGGACCGGUUAUGUCCCUCAUGAAAUUCAAGACAAUAGACGAGGCAAUUGAAAGGGCCAACAAUAGUAAGUACGGCCUUGCAGCAGGAAUCGUGACGAAGGACCUGAACGUGGCCAACAGAGUCUCGAGAUCGAUUCGUGCAGGGAUCAUCUGGGUAAACUGCUACUUCGAGUUUGACAUCGACUUCCCCUAUGGAGGCUACAAGAUGAGUGGCUUCGGGCGAGACUUAGGGCUCAAUGCCCUCCACAAGUAUCUGCAGGUCAAGACUGUCGCGACCCCAUUGUACGAUUCUCCUUGGCUCUGAGUGGCAUAGAGCAUCGUUGGGAUUUGAAUCGAGUGGUUUCUAUUUCAGUAGUUUCAUAUACGAAUAAGCUUUCUGUCGUUUCAUUUCUCAACUGCUAUGAGAUGCUAAGAUUGCGACGAAUGAAUGUCAAACAGAAGUAGAGAUUCUCUUACCCGCGAUAAGACCAAAUGGGCUUUUGAUGAAAUCACGGCAGUGGA